GGACCGAAGAGGACUGACGAAGUGGAUGCAAUGCCCCCAAAAGUGAACUAUGCCACUGAUGCUACUACGCCUGCACUUGCGACGCCAUGCUACGACUUUAUCGAUAUAGCUAAUCUCGCUCCCUCCAAUCCGGCCUGCGCAUGGUGUGACAGUCAUGACUACCUUCAUCAGCUCGAUUUGCCCGCCUACCUCAUUUCGCCAUGCUACCAUUGUCGCGAAAGCCUGGCACGAGAGGCCAAGAUUUCACCUGAAGACCUGCUCGAUUUGCACCUCCAGUAUGGACCAAAAUUCGCGUAA